AUGCCUGCGCUUCCGCCCACCCUGGCGGCAGCCGCGCCGGUGGCAUGGGGCGGCGGCAGUCUGGUGGAUGGGCGCGCGGCGUUCAGCGCGGACGGCCAGCGCCUGCUCUGCCCGUGCGGGGCCGUCGUCCGCGUCUUCGCGCUCGCCUCCGCCACCCAGGUGCGCAUCCCGCCGCCCAGGUGCGCAUCCCGCUCCGAGGUGGCGGUGCUGCAGGGCCACACGGCGCUCGUCACGUGCGUCUCCACCUCCGCCGUCGCCCGCUCGCCCGCCGCAUCCGCCGCUGCCGCUCGCGGCGCUGAUGACGACGAUGACCACAUGGGGAUCAACCCCCCUGCUGACGUGUCAGCUCCAGACUCUGCCACGUCAUCGAUGGUGUACGCGUGGAGCGGGUCGCUGGACGGAACGAUGCGGCUGUGGAACUUUGUAACGGGGGCCUCGCUAAGAGUGCUGCACCUGGGCCGACCAAUCAGAGACCUUGUGAUGUAUCCGUAUGCGAGCACGGAGAUGGUGGAGGGGGCGGGCGGGCGCGAGGAGGAGAGGGCGGUGGCGCCGGUGGCGUUGGUGGUGGUGAGCAACGAGCAGCGCGGCUGCGACCUGCUGCACUACGACGUUUUCCAAGACCGCUGCCUCAGAACGCUCUUCCACCAGGUCGCUCCUCCACCAGGUCGUUCCUCCACCAGGUCGCUCCUCCACCAGGUCGCUCCUCCACCAGGCCUUUCCUCCACCAGGUCGCUCCUCCACCAGGUCGCUCCUCCACCAGGUCGCUCCUCCACCAGGUCGCUCCUUCACCAGGUCGCUCCUCCACCAGGUCGCUCCUCCACCAGGUCGCUCCUCCACCAGGUCGCUCCUCCACCAGGUCGCUCCUCCACCAGGUCGCAACCUGCUCCUCGCCUGUGCGCGCCCGUCUCUUGCACGCUUUGCAUGCCAUGCUGCCGUGCGCCCCACUCACGCCACUUCGCCCCUCUCCCCAUCAACUCAACCCGCCCUGCCUGCCCCUGCUCCUCUCCCACUCUCUUCCCUUCCUUCCCCCCACCUCUUCCCCCUUCCUCUCCCCCUCCGUGCAGCUGCUCGUGUCCUCCCCGCUGGCCAUCAGCCCAGCGACGGGGCGCCUGCUGGCGGUGGCGUCGGGGAGGAAGGUGUUCGUGGCGCACUGCACGCGCCCCGCGCACCACGCGCGCCUGCACCUGCACCACCGCCGCGCGCUCACAUGCGUCGCCAUCCACCCCGAUGACCAGCAGGUGCGCCGCCCCAUUCCCCCCAUGCGCGCUCUCCCCCCAAUGCCCCCAUGCCCCCGCUGUUGCUCAUGCCAUUCGUGCCCCUCAUGAUGCUCCUGCUGCCCCUCAUGAUGCUCCUGCUGCCCCUCAUGAUGCUCCUGCUGCCCCUCAUGAUGCUCCUGCUGCCCCUGCUGCUGUUCCUUCAUUCCUCUCACGCUCGUCUUUCCCACGUGCCCCUCACAUGAGCCACCUCCCACGUGCCCCGUCUCUCUCCCGCCCCGCGUGCGUGCAGGUGGCAGCGGGCGACGUGUUGGGGCGCGUGGUGGUGUGGCAUGGCAUCGGCCGCCGCUCCGGCUGGGCGUGGGGGGAAGGCCGGGCCAGGGGCGCGCCAGCUGGCGGACGCGCAGGGCGAGAGGGCGGGUGGAGGGGGGGAAGAGGUCGGGGAGGGGGGAGAGGUGGGCAGGGAGGGGGCGGGGGCAGGUGGGGCGCCGGGAGAGGGGGAGGAGCAGCAGGAGCAGGAGAAGGGGAGGAGGGGGAGGGCGAGGAGGAGGGAGAGGGGCGGAGGGGAGCGGAGGGGGAGGAGGACUGUGAGGCGGUGUCAUCGCUGCACUGGCACGCCUCCGCCGUGGCGGAUCUCGCCUUCUCCCCUGACGGGGUGCACCUGGUGUCCAUAGGCGCCGAGGCCGUGGCGCUCGUCUGGCAGCUGCAGUCCGGCGCGCGCCGCUUCCUCCCCCGCAUGCCCGCCGCCCUGCUUCGCCUCGUGCUCCCGCCCUCCCUGCUCCCCCCGCUGCCUCCCCCCAACCCCUCCACACCCACUGCAGCAGCAGCAGCAGGGGGGGCAGGGGGAGCGCGGUCGCUGGUGGCACCGUUGGCAGCACCGGAGGCGUUGCGGUUUGGGAUGCAGUGUGCGGACAACAGCGUGCGAGUGGUGGACCUCAGCGAGUCGUCCCUCAUCGCCUCCAUCCGCGGCAUCGCCCCCCCGCCCCCCACACGCCCCCUCCCCGCGCGCCACUUCAUCCUCCCCCCACUCGACCCCUUCAAAUCCCCCCUCGGCCCCCUCCCCUCCUCCGCCUCUGCCACCUCCUCCUCCCUCUCCAACUGCCUCCCGGCUGACGUGGCGCGCCAGCUGGCGGUUGAGCUGGCAGUGACGGGCGGCGGUGCCCCGUCAGCAGUGGUGCAGAGUGUGAGGGGCGGGAGUGCGCGGCUGGUGGUGGUGGGGCCACUGGGGCUGGUGCAGGUGUACGAGGUGGGGAGGCAGCAGGUGGUGGCGGCGGUGCAGCUGAUGCGCAUCAACGUGGUCUCCUCCGCUGAGGCCCGCUUCAAGCGCGCCCUGAAGCUGCACGACAUGCAGCAGCGCGACCAGGCCGUGCGCCUGCUGCAGGGCGGGCAAGGCAAAGCUCAGCAGCCGCAGCCACAGCAGCAGGGGCCGAAACCCCCGCCAAUCUGGGUGAGCCACGUGUGCUUCUCCCCUGACGGCCACACGCUGGUCACUGUUGAGAUCCGCCAGCCGGAAGAUCUGGCCGGCCAGCAGUCCACCCUCAAGUUCUGGGCGGCACCGUUCGGCGGCACUCAGGGCGUGAGGCAGGGCAGUGGCAAGGGAGGCAAGGGCGGCAAGGAGGGGCUGACAGCGCUGACGACGGCGGUGGAUGCGCCGCACGGGGCGGCGGGGCUGGUGACCGGCAUGCACGUGCGGGCGGGCGGCGACAUGGUGGUCACGUGCGGCACGGACGGUGAAUUCCGCACUUGGACCCGCGUGUGGGGCGAGGGGGAGGACGAAGGGGGGGAGGAGGGAGAGAGGAAGGGUGCCAAGCAGGGGCGUGGGGGAGUGAAAGGGGGCGGGGGGCGAGGGAGAGGAGGCGUGCAGGGGUCAGGGCAAGCAAAGACGGCGCGGGAGCGCAUGGAGGAGCGGGAGGCGGGCAUCGCACCGCUGACCUUCUGCUGGCGCUGCCGUGGGGUGGGCAGCUACGCCUCGCAGCCCCUCCUUGCAGCGAGCUUCUCCUGGGAGGGUUCCCUGCUGGCCGUGGCCGCCCUGCACCGCGUCACUCUGUGGGACCCCGACCGCCACGCGCUGCUGGCCGUGCUGCACUGCGCGCCCUCUCUCAGCCCCCUGCAGGCAGGCCUGCCGUGGCACCAGCCCGUCACCGCGCUCGCCUUCCUGCCCCACUCCCCCUUCCUCCUUGCUGUCUCCGGCGCCCUCGCCCCCUCGGGGACCUACUUUACGCCGCCAGGCUCAACCGCUGCCCCCUACGCGGCUCUGUCCGUGUGGAGUCUGCUCUCUCUCUCCCUCGCCUGGUGCCUCCACCUCCGUGUGCUCUCCCUCGCCACCCACCCCUCUGCACCGCUCUUCGCCGUCAUCGUUGCUGCUCCCACCGCUGGUGGCGGUGGUGGGAGGGGCGGCGACACAGGGCAGGGCGGUGGCGUGGAGAAGGACGAGGAAGGGGGGGAGGGUGAGGAGGAGGAGCACGGGGAGGAGGUGGGACCGAAGGAAGGUAGUGUUGGGAGGAGUGGGUGGGCGAGGAGGAGUGCAGGCGAAGGCGGGGCGGUGAAGGGGGCAGUGCUGGUGUUUGAGGGCGGGGAGAGCCCUGUGCCCAUCGCAGCGUGGGAGAUGGCUGAUGUCACUGCCGCCACUGUCGCCUUCCUGCCACCCUCCUCCGCACCUGCCGGCAGCAGCAGCAGCAGCAGCAGCAAGGAAGGGACAGCGCAGUGGUCCAUCGUGGUGGUGAGCGGUGGCAGGGAGUAUGCGGUGCUGAAUGGGGAGGAGAGCCGGCCUGCGCCAGAUGCAGCGGGUCGGGACGUGGAGCUGUCAAAUGGUGCUGCUGCUGGCAUGGCGGACGGUCAAGCUCUUUCGGCCUUUGAAAGCAUCUAUGGAGCAGCAACCACCGCAGCGGCCGUGGCAGCAGCGGCAGGGGGUUUGUCGGACAAGGGUAGAGCGGCGGGUGAAGGGAGGGGGCAAGGGGAGAUGGAGGCGGUGGAGGGGCGGCCGUGGGGCAGCCUGCUGUCAGCGCCGUCACACGUGCUGCCAUCGCUGUCCAGGCUGUCCAACGUGGCGGGCAUGCUGCAGCACUGCCGCGCGGAGCAUGGCGGGUUCGACUUGAAGCAAUUGCGAGCAGCGCAGAAGUGGGACGAGUAUCAGUGCAUCCGCGCUGUCAACUUCAUCCGUACCCACGUGGCGGCCCAUCGCUGCAUCCACUGCCUACAGUCCUUCCCCUCCCCACCUGACCUCAUUCAACACAUGGAAGCUUUGCAGCACUUUCUCCUCCCUCCUCUCCCGCUCUCCACCCCGCCCGAGCCCUCCGCCUCGGCCCCUUGGGGAGACGACGCAUACCUCAGAAGCUUCCUGGAAGGCGACCCUGUGCUGUACAGCUUGGAUGAUGACGACGAGGAGGGCAGCAGCGAGGGGGGCGCCAAGGGGGGCAGCGCUGAUGCUGCUGGUGGAGGGGGUGCGCGCGAGGCCAGUGCUGUGGUGGACGUUACCGGGUUACCACUCACUGCAGCGGCGGCAGGGGCGGCGGCGGCGGCGGCGGCAGCAGCAGAGGGGGGCGGCGUGGGGAGCGAGGAGGAGCGCUCUCUGGCGUUCCAGGAGCUGCUCUCCCUGGCGCAGGGGGAGGGUGCGCGGGGGGAGCAGGGGGAGGGGGAAGGUGCAGGGGCGGAGAGCAGUGGGAGCGGAGGUGCGGGAGUGCAGGCAGCCCGCACAGGGGGGGUGGGAGGGGGAGUAGGCAGCUCAGGUAUACCUUCAGGUGGAACUUCAGGUGGUUCUUCUGUUGGCAAGGGCAAGGAGAAGGUGGGAGAAGUUGCAGGAGCAGGGGGGGAGGUGGAGGGGUGGGAGGGUGCAGACGGGGAGGACGUGGCGCCCUCUUUGGAGCAGUACGUGACGCUGGCCAAUCAGGUGCUGCUGCUGCGACAACAGAACGCACAGCUGGCACACCAGCUGGCUGCCACGUCAGCAGGAAGGGCUCCAGAAGGCCCUUUCAGUGCCACUGCCGGUGGUGCAGGCACGGCCGCCCCACGCACGCCAUUCUCCACCCCCAUGGUCUCGCCCUCCCCCAGUACCGCCUCCCUCAUUGCCACCGCCACUGCCGCUGCCGCCAUUGCCUCUGCUGCAGCACAAGCCUCAGGCGCCAGCAACACCGCUGAAGCUGCCACCGCUGAUGGUGCUGCAGCAGGCGCGGGUGCAGGGCCUGCUGCUCCGUCGGCUGCUGCAGCAGCGUGGCAGGCGCAGAGCAUGGGAGCGCCGCGCACGCCCUUCUCCACGCCGCUGGUCUCCCCCUGCCCCAGCUACGCCUCCCUUGCCACCGCCGCCGCUGCUGCCGCUGCUGCUGCAGGCGUGGGUGAGUCGGGGGUGGGCAGUGGGAUGCACGAGGGGUUGGUGAAAGACAUGCUGCUGCAGGUGAGGCACGGCGAGCAGCAGCACAAGCAAGGCCGACCUCCCAUUCCCGUAUCCCCCCGCCCAGCCUCCACUGGCGCCCUUGCUGCUGAGAAAGCGGUGGGUGUGGUGGCUGCAAAGGCAGGUUUGGCAGGAGGGGAAGGCACGGCAGGGCUAGGAUUGGAAGGAGGAGGUUCGGGAACGGGCAGCCCGGUGGUCCCUCGGACGCCCUUCUCCACGCCGCUCGCCUCGCCCUCCCCCAGCUACGCCCUGCUGCCCCUCGAUGAGGCCCAGAGGAAGCUGGCAGCCGUUGCUGAGACGGUGGAUGGCGCCAUGGAUGGGGAGGCCGCCGCGGCUUCACCUGCAGCACCUGCUGUUGCUGGUGCGGGUGGGAAGGGGGAAGGGGAUGGGGAGGAGGGGCAGGCGGCGAGGAAGCGGCGGCAGGUGACGUUUGGGGCGGUGCGGGAGAGGCAGGUGCGCGUGAUCGACGCCAACUACUUCAGCUCCUACGCCGGCUUCGGCAUCCACCGCGAAAUGCUCUCCGAUAAGGUCCGCCCCGCUCCCUUGCCUGUGCACACCGGCUCUGUGGUAGGAGGCAGGCUGCUUCCCAUUGCCAUGCCUGCCUUGCAGGCUCGGACCACAGCCUACCAGGCAGCUUUGGAGGAGAACCCGAGCCUGAUUGAGGGAGCAACAGUGCUGGAUGUGGGCUGUGGCACAGGCAUUCUCAGCUUCCACUCCCUUCCCGGCUUGCCGCCCAUUCCCCUCAUCCCUCCUGUGCUGGGCAGUCUGUUUGCAGCGCGCGGAGGAGCAGCGAGGGUGGUGGCGGUGGAUGGCAGUCGAGAGAUUCUCACCGUGGCUCAGCAGGUGGGCGGCGCAGCAUUUGGGGUGGGGCUGCGUGGGUUCACAGGAUGGCAAGGCAGGAUAGCGCGCGACAACGGCUAUCUCGCGGGCGCCGAGUCCGCCCCCCCUGCUCCCAGCAGCACCUCUGCCAGCGCGCCUCAGCGCACCCCACGCCCCGUGGUGUCCUUCGUGUGCAGCAAGAUCGAGGACCUCUCCCCCGCCCCCACCGGGACCACUCAAGCACCCGCGCAGGCGGGCGCUAGCGGCGAGGGGGCGGGAGGCGGGGGAGGCAGCGGGGAGGUGGCGUUGGAGCGGGGGAGUGUGGAUGUGAUAGUGAGCGAGUGGAUGGGGUACGCGCUGCUGUACGAGUCCAUGCUGCCCUCUGUGCUGCACGCCCGUGACACCUGGCUCAAACCGGGCGGCGCCCUGCUGCCCGACACCGCCUCCAUGCACGUGGCGGGGUUCGGUGAGGGAGCAACGAGUGUGGGGUUUUGGAGGGACGUGUACGGCUUCAGCAUGGCAUCUGUGGCGCGCGAGAUAGAGGACGAGGCGGCUCGCACGCCGCUGGUACAGGAGGUGAAGGCGUGCGAUAUAGUCACGUCCACCGCCACCAUCAAGCACUUUGACCUGUGCACCGUGGCAGUGCUGGACCUCGACUUCACCUCUGAAUUCUGCAUCACUCCAACCCUCCCCACCUCCUCUGCUGCCGGGCCAGCUCCCGCUGACAGCCCUGCCGCUGCAACUCCAGCAUCCCCUGCCUCCGCCUCCCCCGCGCUGUGCUACGGGCUGGCGCUGUGGUUUGACACGGCCUUCUCCGCCCGAUUCUGCUCCGCCAAGCCAGUGCUGCUCUCCACGUCGCCCUUCUGCACGCCCACCCACUGGGCCCAAACCCUCCUCACCUUCCGCGAACCCAUUGCUCUCGCACCUGCAGCACAGUCCAGGGCUGCAGUGCUGAUCGGAGAAACCCCACCACUGGGAACAGGAGCGGUGGGGUCGGAGGGUAGGCCGGCGGUGGAGGUGAGGGGGAGGGUGAGUGUGGUGCGCGCCAGCAAGCACCGCAGCAUUGACAUUUCAGUGGAGGUGGUGGCGGUGGGCGCUGAUGGGGGCAAGAAGGCAUGGCCCGCUCAGAUGUUCACCAUAUGA